GUCUAAUAAGGGCACACAACCUUGGUGAUAAUCAUUAAGGGGUUACGCAAAAGUGGUGACUGUCAAAAUUGAACUACUUAUCUUAUAGAAAGUUCCAUCAUUCAACAAUCACAAUAACAUUUACCCUCACAUACAUUGUCGAUUUAACCCUAAUCAACACAACUAUACACUUAUAUGAUUCGACCUGAUUGCCAAUCGAACCGAACCGAUUCAAACCAAAUGGUCAGAACCAUGAAAAUGAGGUUGGUAUGCAUAAAUGCACGUGUGGGGGGAAGCAUCAGCAGAUCGGCAGUGUGUCCAUUUCCCUUUCUCCCUCCCGCGUCCGCGGCCCCAACUCGGAAGAGCCACGCCAAUGUCCGACUCAGUCACUCAGUGAACUGUCUCGUACUCUCGAGUCUCGUGUCUCGUGUCUCCCCUUCUCGGCUUCUCCCAAUUCUUUAUGUUUCGGUUUCGUUGAAAAUGAAAUCCAGCCAUUAACUUCCCCAAUCCCCAAAAACCGUACAGACCCUUCUUCUUCCUUCCUUCCUUCACAGUUCACUCACUCCCAUAAAUCCCGAUCUUCACUCCAUUCACAGAUCCCCCUUUCUUUCGCUCUCUCUGUCUCCCAUAGUCCCAUGUCAGCUCCUUCAACUCCCACUCCCCGCUAGCUAAAAUCCCCAAUAAACCUCCCAUGGCGGUUCCAACUGUCCGACCCCAAUUCCUCUGCCUCGUCCUCUUCCUCGCCAUCACAGCCGUUCACUCCCGAUUCCUCUCCUCCUCCGCCGACAACCCAUCUCCCGAUCUGGUCUCCGAUGGCGUUCAUGGCGGCGACCGGAACCUAACAAGCCCGUACUACCAUCUCCUCCUCAAGUCAGAGGUGCCGGUGGUGACGGAGUCCUGCGAGCAAUCCUAUGGCUUCAUGCCCUGCACCACCACAGCCCUGGGCAACUUCUUCUUGAUCAUCGUCUAUGGCUACCUCAUGUUCCUCGCUGCAACUUACUUGUCAAACGGUAGCGAGCUCUUGCUCGAGAUUCUGGGGCCUGGGAUAGUCGGGGGUCUGUUCCUCCCUGCUCUCGGUGCCCUCCCCGAUGCUAUGCUCAUCAUGGUGUCUGGGCUUUCUGGGAGUGUGGAGACUGCUCAGAGUCAAGUCUCCGUUGGGAUGGGGUUGCUGGCUGGGUCGACUGUCAUGCUGCUUACUUUGAUCUGGGGGACUUGCAUUCUUGUUGGCAAAUGUGAUAUCAGGGAGACGGAUUCCAUCGCCAUUGAUGGCCAGGACACCAAAGGGAUGCACUUAACUGCUAGUGGUGUCAGUACUGAUAUCUGGACUUGCUAUGCUGCCAGAAUAAUGGCUAUUUCAGUUAUUCCAUUCGUUAUCGUUCAGUUCCCACAAAUGAUUCAUUCAACUGCUGGAAGGCAGGUUGCGGUCUUGAUUGGACUUGUUGUAUCUGUUUCGAUGCUCAUUUCAUAUUGUCUCUACCAGGUUUUUCAACCUUGGGUUCAGAGAAGAAGACUGGCUUUUGCAAAACACAAACAUGUGAUAUCUGGGAUUUUGAAGCAUUUGAAACAACGGUCUCUGGGAAGGCUUCUGGACGAUGAUGGUGAACCUGAUAGAGAAGUCAUAAGAAAGUUGUUCGGAACAAUCGAUCAAGAUAAAGAUAAUUAUGUCUCGGCGGCCGAACUGAAAGCAUUGAUCAUAGGAAUUACCUUUGAAGAGAUAAAUUUUGAUAGGGAUGAUGCUGUGGCUAAAGUAAUGAGCGACUUUGAUUCGUCACUUGAUGCAAAGAUCGACGAGAAUGAAUUUGUUCACGGGAUAACCAAGUGGCUUAAUGAGGCAAAGCGAGCAGGAUCUGGUACUGCUCCUGAUGCUGGUCCUAGGACAAUGAAGUUCUUAAACGAUUAUCACAUGCAAACAAAGAGAGAGCAUACUUUGCUGGGAGCAGAGCAAGAAACCGAGCAGAGUGACGAGGUCAUCGAAGAAGUCGAGAAUCCAAGGUGGAUCUCAUUUAAGGCGGUGUUGAUGUUGAUGUUGGGGUCAGCUAUUGCAGGUGCAUUUGCCGACCCACUGGUGGAUGCUGUCGACAAUUUUUCUGCCGCAACGAGUAUCCCCACCUUCUUCAUCUCGUUCAUUGCUCUCCCUCUGGCCACCAAUUCCAGCGAAGCAGUUUCAGCUAUCAUAUUUGCCACCCGCAAGAAGUUCAGAACUGCCUCUUUGACAUUCUCCGAGUUAUAUGGGGCUGUGACCAUGAACAACGUCCUCUGCCUGUCGGUGUUCCUCGCGAUCGUGUACAUCAGAGGAUUGGUUUGGGACUUCUCAUCCGAGGUGCUGGUCAUUCUCAUCGUGUGUCUCGUAAUGGGCGCCUUUGCCAGCUUCCGCACCACAUUCCCUCUUUGGACUGCUUCGAUCGCCUUCCUGCUCUACCCGUUCUCCCUGGCACUGGUCUAUGUUCUUGAUUACGUCUUUGGUUGGUCGUAGAGUCUCCGCUGGAGGCGAGAUGGAUCGCUGACUGGAAACCUACUUGUAUGAGAGAUUUGAUUCUGCGUCUAGUGAGUUGGAUGUUCUUAUGUAAACUUGAAAAAGGCUGGCGUUUUUGUGUCUCUGAGGUACAUUUAUGUUGUGACUUAGAUGUUAUAUAAGGACACCCAUGUAAUCGCGUUUCGAAACGGGACUUGCAGUGGCGCCUCAAAUGAGCACAAAUAGUCAUAUGAUACGAUACGACACAGCCGGACACAGCCAGAUAACAAGUAGGAACUGAAGUGGGAAAGCCCAUCAUGAGGAAGGAAAUGGGCCGAAUGAGACCCAAAUUAUGCGGCCCAAGAAUGGCCCAUAGCUAGCCGAAGGUCUAGGCUGGCCCAUGCAAUGUGGUCGUGGGAGCCACCAUUUUAACAGCCCUGCAUGCAUGCAUGUCGUGGGCACGUGCAUAGCUCUGGAACAUCUGCGACGGAUUUACAAUUUUCGUCGCAGAAUCUCAUAACUUUUCAACAAAGGUCCACUAAUGGCUUUUGUGACGAAUAUGUAACUUUUGGCGACAAACUGUAUUGUCGCGAAACAGUAUCAUGACGAAUAUGGAAGAGUAUCAUACAUUGAAAGAUGUCGUCGCAGAAAGUGGGAAAAGAUUUUAACGAAGAUAUGCUCUCGCAUCGCAGAAGAGUUGAAAUGAUGUGCAGACGGUUGUUUCGUAGCUGGCACUAGAGCGAUCACCUUGCGAGUGUUGUAUUCUUUGAAACGUCCAUGCAUGUUUCUGGUCAUUGAUUCGAUACGUUACACUGGCAUCAAAUAUAGACAUGACGAAAUAGUCAUGGGUAGAUUUACGUUAAUCGUCUUUGCGUUAUCAUAUUAACGAGAUUUCAUAAAAGGUGGCAGCAACAGACACAUGAUGACUAGCAAAGAAAGCAAAAAAAAACCAAAUCUAGAAUACCAACUGCCUGCAACAUCCUCCCAAAAUCGAGCCAACAACCGAAGCUUGGAAUAGCCUCCUUUGCCCCAAAAUCAAAUCUAGAUUUCUUUCCAUUUUCCAAAACCUUCAACACACACACACGUCACUCACUCCCUCACUUCAUCACAGACACGACGAAAAAUAGAGACAAAAAGACUGUCUUUAGGAAAAGUUGAGCGAAGAUUUUGCCCCAAAUUUCUGACUCCCAAAAAUUCAGUUCCUCCCCUAUUUUUUCUCUCUUAGACAUUUGAAUCCCAUUUUACGCCUUUAGAUAUGCCUUUUGUUUCUCCAGAAUUUCUUCCAACCAAAUCUCCCGCCUUCUUUUUCUCCUCUCUUUUUUUUCACUAAACCAAUGACCAUAUU